AUGCAUGAGAGAGAAAUAGCCAGUUGGAAACCACAGGAAGUAGAGGAUGAUGGAGUGAGACAAGAAAACAACGACGAAGAAUUGGCUAUGGCUAUAGGAAGCCAGCAGAGAAAAGAAGAGAUUGAUAAAGAGAGAGACAAAAAGAGUGAUGAAGACAAAGAGAAAAGUGAGGAAGCAAAGACUAUGUUUCUGGCGCAAACCGAUGAUGUCCAAAAGCUUCAAUCCACUGCUUUCCAACUUGCCCACUAUCAUAUUGUUUUCCAAGCAGCAAUCUUAUCUGCGUCCACAGCACAAAUUCUCACAUGCCAACACCUGUGGAUUCCUUUAAUGCUCUCUAUAGUUGCAUCCAUACUCAAUGUAGCUGCCUUAGGCUUUAUCGGGCACAAGUACGUUGGAACCCUCAAUGAAAAAGAGAGGAGUCGGAGUCGAUAUUACAAACUCGAAGAGCACAAUACCACUAAAAAAUUAAGAGAAGAAUCAUCUUUAACUCGUGAAGUGCAAAAUCAGAAAGGGAAAAAAUCAAGAGAAGAAUCAUCUUCAACUUGUGAAGAGAAAAUUCAAAUAGGGGGAGAAUCAAAAGAAGAAUCGUCUUCAAUUAACCGUCCUGCAGAACGGAAGCACUGGUUUUUUUUUGUCAUUUGCAUGUUUUUUUUCAUAGGCUUCUCUAUCGUUAUUCCGUUAGGUUGUUGGAAGAUACUAUGCGGACAAGAUCAGUGCAAGAAAAUUGCAGAUGAAAAAUGUGUCCAGCUUUGUGAUACAGACAAGAAGUGCAUAAAACUUUGUUUUCUGUAUUGA